AUGGACCGCCACGAGCUCACCCUCCACCACUCGCACCGCGACGUGACCGUCCUCUGCGGCACGCGCCGCGCCGCCAUCUCCGCGCGCCUCAUGCGCGCCUACCUCCCCGCAGCCGUGCUCUCCUCCUCUGCCCUCCUCAACCGCCGCAACCAGCUCGACCUAGACGACCACAUCGCCGACUGCGCGCCCGUCCGCCACGGCAUGCUGCGGCCGGGCAAGAUGCAGCGCAUCUACUCGGAGCUCGUCGACAUCCUCGCCGACGCCAGCGAGACCACCACCGCCGCCAACAGCAGCAGCAACGCCGCCGCCGCAGAUGCCGUCUCGGCGGCCCUGACAGACGCCCUCGCCCGCGCGCAGCUCGAAGACCGCCGCACGGCUUCUGUUGCUGCUGCUGCUGCCGCCAGCAAGCCGGGAGCCACAACAACCGGGCACCAACGCUACCGCGGCAGCAGCGUGGUACCAGCUGUGCGGCACCCGCGCACGCUCUCCGCCUUCCUCGCCCUCGCCGACCUCUCCCGCACCUUCGGCUCGCGCCGCCUCGGCGCCGUGCUGACCGCGUUCUUCGCGCGGCACGGCGAGCGCGUCGUCGGCAGCGUCGCCGAUCCGUCGGACGACAUCGACUAUGGCGGCGACGACUACGACGACGACGACGACAUCGACGACGAUUGGUACGACUUCGACGACGUUGACGGCAGCGGGGACUUUGCCGGCUUCGAUAGUAGUAGCAGGUACGUCGUCGAUCGGCGCCGGCGACAUCGUGGCCGGGGACAGCCAGGUACCAGUGGGGAACAGCUGCUGGAGCACCCGCACGCCGUGCUGCUGUGGGCCUGGAGCCUGGCCGUCGCGCGCGUGGGCUCCGAGGCCGACCGCCGCGCCUGCCUGCGCGGCUUGGUGCGCGCGCGGCCGGACGUGUUGCUGAGUGGGCGCUAUGACGGCUUUGCUGCGGCGGCGCUGCCCGAGGGGGAUGCGGAGGAGGUGUGGGGGGCGGUGGAGAAGGCCAUGGAAUGGGGAGGAGGAGGUGGUGUGCGGCCGCCGUUGGGAUGGCGACAGCAGCAGCAACAGCAGCAACGUCGGCGGUUCGAUGGGUUUUUUGAGGGGGGCCGCGGGAGGGAUAGGGAGAGGGAUCUGCUGCAGGAGCGGAGAAGGGCGCUGUUGGACGAUGCGGCGGCGGCGGCAGCAGCAGCAGGGGGAGGCGGUGGCAUGUACAUGCACGAACACUGCGAGCGUCGCGUUGUAAGGUCUUCGGGUCUUGCCGGCGACGGUGGUGAUCAAAGGCCGCCGCCGCCGCCGCUGGGCCUGGAGACGUACAACCACCGCGGGCAUCGCUUCAUCGAUCCGGAUGACCGGAUUGCGUGGAGGCCUCGACCGCGUGGCUGCGGCGGUGUCGAUGGAGCCGGGCGGCUGAGAGGCGCGCUGGAUUCGAUCAGGACGGAUCAGCGCGAGCUGCGCCUGGAUAUGCAUGACGUGAAGGACGAGUUGGAUGAGCUCCUCGAGCAAGUAAGCAAACUCGGACGUCGAGACGGGACGAGGCCGCGAAAAGGUCGGACGGAUUGGCAGGAUAGGAAUAUCGUUGACUGCUGCUGCGAGCACUUGCCGGAAGAGCAUGAAUCUGAGUGGGUUUCGGAAUGGUGGGAUGAUUAUUAUUAA